AUGUCAAUCAAGAGUUUUCUAGGAAGCACACUCAAUCUGUGCGAAAGCGGGGAUACUUCAUCUCAAUCGCAGCAGACUGAACAAGAGAUAUCUGGGUGGCAGCCUUCCUACCUUCGCCGACGAGUGUUGAUCGUAUUCGAAAUUAUAUUCUGCGGAGUCAUAGCUGCUCUCGAAGCACUCAACUAUGUCCCCCAUAUUGAUGAUGGAAUUUCGGCUUCGAUCAAAGGCCGCCACUACCUAGGACUUGCGGACCCACUGCCAUCUUCACUGUUAUCGCGACCUUUUGGUCGCGAGUGGAACUUCAAGUCAAGCAAAGAGCACCAUGGAAGUCGAUGGCGGAGAAGCCCGUGGAGGCCAGGGAAUCCGUGCUCUUGGACUAUGUAUCCGAGAUACAGCUGGCAUCAAUGA